AUGACGUCAGAAUUGGUCUCCACAUCUUACGAGCUGGUUGAUUCCAGCCGCCCGAAGAAGUCUAUCCGAACCCCCUUAAGGAUCUUGGAUCCCGGUCGGUCGAAACUGAGCACUGUUGAGACCAAAAGGAUCAUAUCUGUCUUGGAUGAAACCAUCUUCAAGAUAAAACUAGUCAGUGUCUUCUCCUACAUCAUGGAGAACCUUGACGAGUUUACGGCUGUCUUAGGCCCUGACCUUACCGGAGCCUUCCGAGAACAUCUACGGCUCUCAAACAUCCUGGAAUUUAUGCUCUCACACCCGGAGGAAGAAAAUAUUCUCUAUAUAGGCUCCGGUAAAGGAACGUUCUUUGGCCUGGUGGAUUCUGACGGUUGUCUCACAUUGCAGGUUCAAGGCCUUAAAAGCUCGGUCCGAAAUAUUCUACGCCUGCUUUACACCAACACGGUCGCUUGCCAAGCUCUGAGAGAUGCCGCUUACACCAGGGACCCGUCCGUCCAUAAAUUUAUUACUUGUCUGUCCAAGCAGAGGGGUUUCCUCUUUGAGCAGCUCCUCACCACCCCCUUGGAAGAAAAGGAGAAAAGUCGGUUUUUGAAUGAAGUCUUCCAGAGAGACAAGAAAAAUACGGAGACCGCUGCAAACCUGGAAGAUGAACUGACUGCAGCCAUCCAGAACAGGGAUGAGGAGAUUUCCAAGAAGAACGCCGUCAUCAAAGACCUGAAAAUGCACUUGCACAACCUGGCCAAGUUCUCCGAAAGCCAAAUCCAGCGCACCCGGGCCGAAGCAGAGAAGCAGCACAAGACGGAGGUGCGCACUUCCCAGGGGAAAUGCGCCAAGUUGCAACAGGAGCUGCAGCAGCUGCGUGCUCAGUUCAAUGCCCUGGUGGCUGAGGACCGAGAGACGGAACUCAGCCUUCGGAAGAAAAAAUACAAGGUGGAAAUGGAGAUAGAAAAUUGGGUCCAAAAGUACGAUAUCGAAAUGAUUGAAAAGCAGGAGGAGAUCGACGAGAUCGAUGAGGUCUACGUGAUUGAGAAGCAGGAUCUGGCCCAACUGCGGGAGAAAUACACCCGACUGGACGAGGAAUACUGCCAGAUCGUGGAGGAGAGGAGGGUGAGGCAGGAGAUGAAGGACAAAGCCGAGAAGGAGCUGGCCAUCCUGGCACGAGCUGCUACUCUGAUCCAGGCCGUCUGGAAGGGCUACUUAGUGAGGUCGAUGUUACGGAGCAAAAGGAAGAAGAAGGGGAAGGGGAAGAAAGGUACGGGCAGGAGAUGAGGAUUGAACGUUGUUGGUUAAUGCCUGGCCGUACCUAAUUUUGGUGGCUGGGGUGCCCUGGGCAGCUUCGGAGAGGGAUGGAGCCCUUCUGACGUUCUGGGACAUUCUUGAAUAAAGUAGAUCAUUUAAAAAGACGGAGACC